AUCAGCCCAGUCAUACACACAAAGACGAGGAGGACCCACAGGCGCUCCGACUCUCUCAGCUUAGUUAGCAUACUCUGCUGUGCAGCGGCUGUCUACAUCCCACUAUUGUCCCAAUGAUGACCUCCAAAGACAAAGGACUGAUAUGUUAGUAGGGUGGGGAAACUGUAAGCACAGCACAGAAAGGAAACAGGAUUCUGUGUGUGUGUGCGUGUGUGCGUGUUUGCGUGUGUGUGUGUGAGUAAGUGUAUGUAUGUGUAAAAUUGCACCUUAUGUACAAAAGAGUGUGUGAGGAUGAGCAUGUGCCGAAAUUCCUGAAGAAGACUUGAUCAAAAAGAUUGAUUUUAGGAUAAAGAAGCUGUGAAAGUCUUCUUCACCCUCCGAGAUGAAACUAUAAACCAACACUGUCCACCUCAAGAAGCUGCUGGCCAAAGCACAGCACCUUCUACCUCUUGACUACUCGGGCCAGGUGGCGCUAAGUUAACCAGCCCUGCCAGCCGCCAACAUGCUGCAGCAGAUUUUAAAGGACAUGUACAUAGACCCGGAUGUUCUGGAUGCUCUCAACGAGGACCAGAAAAAGACUCUGUUCCUGAAAAUGCGCCAGGAGCAGGUGCGGCGCUGGAAAGAACGGGAGGAGAAACUGGAGAGAGAAGGGGGGGACGCCGAGUGCAAGCGAACAAAGCCAAAAAAAGCCAACAGUAAGAAUGUGAGCUGGCUGCUCGGCCGGGAUGGAGAUGUGGCGGUCAUUGUGAUCGGGGAGGUGGAUGAGCUGAGCUCAAAAUUCAUCUGCUCUGGAUUUGGAGAGAAGAAGGCGCCGGGUCUUCAGAACAAUGCUUACCAUCAAACCAUCCUGAAGAGCAGAAUAACCACAGAACCUGCCAGGACCGAGCGAGAGAACCUGUCUCCAAAAGCACAACCUGGAAUUUCACUGAAUUUAAAGGGGAAGACUGAGGAGACGAGCACUUUACUCCCUCUGCCGGUGUCAGUGAGUGAGCAUUCAUCACCUCCAGCAUCAGAAAAGCCUGAGUUGAAGUCAGCCAGUGCAACUGAGCAGAAGUCAGUUCCCCAGCCCUCCAUCUGCUCCAGGGCUCCCAUGAGAGCUAGCCCUGUCAAUGUGAGACCAGCUUCUGCAAAUGCAGCACCAGGCUCUGUCAACACAAGACCCGGCGUCGCAAAUCUGAGACUGGCCACCACCACUACCACCACCACCGCCACUGCUGCUGCUGCUGCUGCACCAUCCCCUUCCCCCAUCAGCACUGUCAAAAUAGACUCUGGAGCAACCAGAAGUGGCCUGCACUCACAGGGACUUCAGAAGCCAAAAGAAUCACAGGGCGGAAAAGACAUUGGCGCAUCAGAAGUGUCUCGGAGGGCUGCCUCAGAGGAGGCCGGGUCAUCAGGGAGCACGCCAACCUGCGCAGGGCGCGGCCGGGUGGCUCAGCUGAUGAAAAACUUCAGCACUGAAAGCACUGCACAGACCCCCCCGCGCAGCAUCAAGCCUCCUCUCCCCACCAAGCCUAGCCACUUGCGUCUAACGAGCACACCUACUGUCAGGUAACUCUCACACACUGAUGCACAAACGCCCACUCAGCUUCACGCAUCCCAGCGAUUCAAAUAAAGCCACACUGGACAAUGUCGGACCCCUAAUGCGGAGCCUCAGCCAGUGGGUUAAUGGGAUGGAGAACUCCAAAGGUGGAAAAGAAGAAAAUGUUCACAAUGUUGCUAUCACUCCCAAAGCACAGCGAUGGAAAUGCUUGAAUGUAAUGGUUUUGUUUUAUCUCUGGAUGCUGCAGUACUGUAAACACUCUUUGUGGGGGGGGGAAAACUCCAAAGCAAUAGAUUGCUAUGUAUAUGUAUUUUUUCCAGGGAAUUGAUGACUAUCACAUGUAUUCACUUGAUGUUGAUACUUUCCACUUUGUGUAACAUGGGGAAAAAUUUUCUUGUUCAAUUCACAAAAUACACACACACACACACACACAAUAUUGUUUACUCACCAAUGACAUUAUUAUAGUUGCAUGUGCUCAUAUGCAGACACACAUGUGGUUCAGGACAAAGAAUGGGCAUGGGCAGGCAUAAUGGGGUGGAAUAAGGCACAGCAGGGUCCUCCUUCAUCUAGCUGCCUCCUCCUUGGGAAUACUCUCGGGUUGUUUAUUUGUCACAGUGCAAUGUAUGUCUCCCUCUGCCACCUGGCAGGAGCCUCACUGCGACCUGUUGUGGACCAAUGACAGUGCCAAAUGCAUCGUCUGUCACUCCCAGUGGAUCAAGUUAGACAGUCGCUGCCAAAUAAUCCAGCUCUGUGUUAUUUUUCUGCAAUGUUUUCCGUACUAUUCUAGACAUGUGUGGCUGUACUUUUUCUUUUUUAUAUUUCUGACAUUUUCUAUAGGGAGAAAGCUGUUUUGUUAAUGGGAUAUUUAACAUUACUAUGAUGCUCACUUGUAAAAUGAGAAACUUUUUUUUUUUUAUCUUUGAUGUCAAUUUUGUAUGGUGCAAUCAAAGAAACAAUAAAAUUGUAUAAAUUGUA